AUGUGUGUUUAUAUCUAUCUAUCUAUAUGUCUAUCUAUCUAUCUAUCUAUCUAUCUAUCUAUCUAUCUAUCUCUUUCUCUCUCUCUCUAUAUAUAUAUAUAUAUAUAUAUAUAUAUAUAUAUAUUUGUAUGUAUCUAUGUGAUUUCACGCUCCUUACUACUACGGGCGGAACGGGCGCGCGUGCGAGCCGCCUGCGCGCGAACGCAGGUUGAGGCCUACACGCGCCGCUUACCCGAAGAGGGGUUGGAAGCCGUGGCGCUCCACGAAGACCCGGGCGAGGAGCCAUUUUGCUCGCCGGCCGACGCGCCGGUAGCGACGGGGUGGCGCCUCGAGCGGAGACCCGUAGCGCAUGCGACACGCGAGCCGCGCGAAACGGGAAAGGGGACAGAGAAGGGAGCGGAAGACGACGAGCAUGCACGAACGCGAGCGCCCGUCGCCCCGUCCCGAAAACCGCCGCCCCAUGCCGCCGAACGCCGCCUAGCCCGACCCUGCGACCCCCGACCCGAGCACGACCGCGACGCCGACGGACCGCUACGACAACUUGAACCCGCGCCGCAAAGCGCGAACGGAGCGAACGCUACAGCCCCGUUCCGGUUCCUCACUUCGCGCGGGCACGGCCCGGCCGACCCGGUCCUCGGAGCCAAUCCUUCUUCCGAAGGUACGGAUCCAUUUUGCCGACUUCCCUUACCUACAUUGAUGCCAUCGACGAGAGGCUGUACACCUUGGAGACCUGCUGCGGAUGGUGGGUACGGACCGACUCAAGAGCUGCGAAAACCGGACCCGGAUUUUCCAGGGCCGCCGAAAGCGCACCGGACGCCGCCCGAGCCGCGGCGCCUUACAGGUACCUUUUCCGUAUCUCCGGACGAGCCGAUUCCACGGACACGGUACUUUACGAAGAAGAGAGAACUCUUCCCGGGGAUCUCGGCGACGUCACCGCGGUUUCGCCCGAGAAGCGACGAGACGCCACCGACAUUGCUGCCAGUAGCGCCGCCACCCCCGGGCACUCUCCGAGUCCGGGCCGUCCGCUCGUCCUUGUUAGCGUCGUUUUGUUUGAGGACAACAAAAUUGUGUGACAGACUUACGGAUCCGGCGCCUUUCGGGAAGACUUUCGUCUGCGUCUUAGGACCGACUGACCCGUGCUCGACCGCCGUUGGCACGGGAACCCUUCUCGACUUCGGUCUUCGAAGGUCUCGUUCGAAUAUUUGCUACUACCACCGAGAUCUGCAGCCGCGGUCGGCUCCACCCAGGCUCGCGCCCCUAGGCUUCCGUGCUCACCGCGGCGCCCUCCUACUCGUCGCGGCAUCGGUCAGGCGCGCGCAUCGUUUUCGUCAGCGCAAGCGCUCCUCGCCGCGACGGUCCGGCAUCGGUCUGUCGCUCCAGCGCCAUCCAUUUUCAGGGCCAGUUGAUUCGGCAGGUGAGUUGUUACACACUCCUUAG